AUGAAGCAUACUUGUAAUACGAGUUUAGCAUUGAAAAAAGGUGCAUGGACUGCUGAAGAAGAUAUGCUUCUUAAAAAUUGUAUCGAGAAAUACGGUGAAGGAAAAUGGCAUCUUGUUCCUCUCAAAGCAGGUUUAAGAAGAUGCAGAAAAAGUUGUAGGUUGCGAUGGUUGAAUUAUCUGAGGCCAAAUAUAAAGAGAGGAGAUUUUGAAGAAGAUGAAGUUGAUCUCAUACUUAGGCUUCACAAGCUUCUAGGCAAUAGAUGGUCAUUGAUUGCUGGAAGAAUACCAGGAAGAACAGCGAACGAUGUGAAGAACUACUGGAACACCCACCUUCGCUCUCGUGCCAAACAAAAAAACAUAGAACCUCAAUAUGCUAAAUUGUCAGAAGAUCACACGAUGCUCACAAUUAUCAAGCCUCAACCACAGACAUUCUCCAAAACUCUAAAUUGGUUCAAGGAUGAUGGUGUUGACAACAACGAUAACAUGUCUCCAGGAUUAAUCCCAUCACCAUUAAUACCAGAUGACAAGAUUAAUGAGUUUUUGAAGGAGUUAUUUGAUGAAGGGGAAAAAGCUAUUGAUGGUGAAAUUGGGUGGUCAUUUGAUGGUUCUCCGACGACGGGGGAGGCUUUAAAUAUUGUGGAGCAAGAAGACAACCAAAAUAAUUUGUUUGAUUUCUCUACAGAUGAAGUCAUGUGGAACUUAUUAGCUUCGGAAUGA